GGAUAUGCAGUGCCUGUCAUAAGCUCCAGAGAGCACCUUCGACAGAGACCAGCAGAGGAGCGGGCAAACAUGAAGUCCAAUCCUGCCAUCCAAGCUGCCAUCGACCUCACUGCAGGGGCUGCAGGGGGCACAGCGUGUGUCCUGACCGGGCAGCCCUUCGACACCAUGAAGGUGAAGAUGCAGACGUUCCCCGACCUGUACCGGGGCCUCACCGACUGUUGCCUGAAGACCUACGCCCAGGUGGGCUUUCGUGGCUUCUACAAGGGCACCAGCCCCGCGCUGAUUGCCAACAUCGCUGAGAACUCUGUCCUCUUCAUGUGCUACGGCUUCUGCCAACAGGUGGUACGGAAAGUCAUUGGAUUGGACAAGCAGGCAAAGCUCAGUGAUCUGCAGAAUGCAGCUGCUGGCUCCUUCGCCUCUGCCUUUGCCGCGCUGGUGCUGUGCCCCACAGAGCUCGUGAAGUGCCGGCUGCAGACCAUGUUUGAGAUGGAGACGUCGGGAAAGAUAACCCAAAGCCAGAAUACAGUUUGGUCUGUCGUGAAGAGUAUCCUCAGAAAGGAUGGCCCCUUGGGCUUCUACCAUGGACUCUCCAGCACUUUACUUCGGGAAGUACCGGGCUAUUUCUUCUUCUUUGGUGGCUAUGAACUGAGCCGAUCAUUUUUUGCAUCUGGGAGAUCAAAAGAUGAACUAGGCCCUGUCCCUUUGAUGUUAAGUGGCGGAGUUGGUGGAAUUUGCCUCUGGCUUGCUGUAUACCCAGUGGAUUGUAUCAAAUCCAGAAUUCAAGUUCUUUCCAUGUCUGGAAAACAGGCAGGAUUUAUUGGAACCUUUAUAAGUGUUGUGAAAAACGAAGGAAUAACGGCCUUAUAUUCUGGACUGAAGCCUACUAUGAUUCGCGCGUUCCCUGCCAAUGGGGCACUAUUUCUGGCCUAUGAGUAUAGCCGGAAGUUGAUGAUGAGCCAGUUGGAAGCACACUGAAGUGUCCUGGCGGGCCUGUUCCCAGGCACAGGUGUUGAGGACUACAGUUCAUCUCAGGGUUUCCUGGAGUACAAGACCAGCGUGGAAUUAUUUUGGUUUCUAGGGAAUUUUUUUGUGUGUGUGUCUUUUCUUCUUCUACCCUAAAUCUUAAACUUUAUGGAAGGACCUUUAUUUUAGAUUAUAUAGUUUUUUUGCCCAUGAGUGUAAAAGAAAAGUUGCUGUUGCUUAGUAUAAUAUACAGGGGGGCCAGGGGCCCUGUGCACCUAAUUUGAAAAGCUGAGUAUAGUUCUGUCAGAGCUUUUGCCUAAACCUGCACUUGUAUGUCCAGUUUGGACACUUAUGUGAUGAGGGAAACAGACAAUUCGGUUCCAUGUUUAAUCUCAAGUAUUACCAGAAAAGCCCAGAGGUGACCACAUUUCAUGAAGAUAGUUAUAAAUGGUUGCUUAACCCAUUCCACAUGUAGGGUCUCUUUUAAAAAGUCUGCUUAACAUGUGUACUGUUCUCAGUGGUUGAACGUUUUAAAAAGUUUUCAUCUGGGUGCUUGAAAACUAAAAUAUCCCUCUAGAUUUUUAAGAGAAUGAAUAUACUUUCAUACUGGUGUGGCUUCCACAUUCUAAAGUUUCAGAGUAGGCACCUUGGAUUUCCCCCAGAUGCUCUACUCUUCAAACAGUGCCAUUCAUUUUCUAGGUGGGAUCAUAUUCCAGACUCUGACAAUAUUGCCAGGUGUGGCCUAGAGGGUUAGGCCUUUGGAAAACAGCACGGCCUUCACAGCUUCCCUCCUUCUCUCCCAAAGAGCUGCUCCUCUGCUGGGCUUUAGGUUGUGAAGGUGCUGAGGGGAUUGGUGGUACUGCUGUGCUUUGAUGAAGACCCAUGUGGCUGACAGCAACUCGUAAUUUCUGUCUCUGGAUCCCGGCCUGAGUGGGACUCCAGGGUGCUCUGUUGGCCCUUCUGGGACUAUCAAUCUACUUUGGACCACUCACUGUCCUCUCUGCCUCCACCAAUCAGGAAAUUCUUCCAAGGAAUAAAAAGUGCCAAAGCCAGGAGAAGCCUUUGUUUCCUGUUUGGUGAUUGAGUGAUAGUACUCGUGGGUGAAGUCCUCCUCUCAGUCAUGCCUAGAAAGAACUGCGUGCCUGAACUCCACAGUGAGUGAUGUCAGGGCUGACCCAUCCUCAACCUUACCUGGGGGUCCAUGACCCCGUGCCAUGCUUUCACAGUGUCGGAGCCUUCUACGUUUGGUACUGGCAGUCAGUGAGUUUUGAUGAAUGAAUAUGAGAUGUGACUUUAUAAAGCAACGGGACAUAAGAAAAGCAAUUUUAUUAAACCAUGCUGUAUGUAUGUAUGGACGUAUUCAGUGACUUAAAAAACCAAACCCCACAGUUCAUCAGAUACCCACAGACUUGGGGAUGGGUAGCUGUUCUGUGGCCUCUUUGGUCUAAGAGGAUCGAUCAUUUUUGUCACUACUAAAGUCGAUCUCAUUCUGUGCUGCUCCAAGACCCACAGGGUCUCUCUGAACACAAAGUCGUCUUAAGCAGCCUGCAGAGCCGAUGGCAGGCAGGCUAACAAAUGCUAGUGACAGUCCACACCAUGUGUGUCCUGUCGACGGAAUAUAAAUGGUGUGCAAUGCCUCCAGUUUCCUUAAGCUUUUGCUAUCUGUGAAGCCUCUGAGGCAGCUCCAGCCAUGGUGCCCAGAAGCAAGAAGGCUGGAGAAACCAGAGGGCCGAUAAACGGGGGUGGGGUGGGGGGAGAAGGGGAUGCCUGUCCUGCCUGUUGUGCUCCAGAGCUAUGGCUGGUCUUCCAUUUGCCUUUUCUUUAAGAGAGAACAACUUUUCUACUUCGCUUUUCUCUGUGUACUUAAAUGGCCAGGAGCUACCAAGUGGUGCUUCAUCUAAACAGGCCUGGAUUGAAGCGAAAUAGAAAAUGGGACUGGCUUCCACCAAGAAGUGGACAGCUUCAGUGUCCACGGUCCCCUGCCUGGGACUCAGUAGCUAGUAGAGUUAGCCCUGUUGGCAGCAGAUCUUCUCGCAGGUCAUCCAUUAAAGAGUGAACUAAGUAUCUUCAACAAGCAAUAGUCUGAGGCAAGUGGGAGUGAAGAAUGGAAACCUGAGUCAGGAGACAUUUUUUUUUUUUUUUCAUUCUAUUUGCUUAAUUCAUGGUUCAAUAUUUGGGUACAACUUGUACCAUUUUUCAGAUCUGUACUCCAGACAAAAAUAUAGUAACUUGAAAUGUGUUUAAAGAGAUUUGAGAAGUCUAUCAUUAUUAAAUUAUUUACCUAAUA